GUAAAAUAUUGGACACCAGAUUUGACACAUUCACACACAAUCACUACGGCAACGUGCGACUCUCUGUCAGUGUGUUCGCCGGCUCACGUGGAUGCUACGAUACAGCCGCCGACAUUUAGUGUACUUCCUGUAAAUAGUGCCAUGUAGUAUGUCUCUGUUAUAUGUUACAAAUAGGUCUAAAUGUACUUUUCCAUUAUCUCAGUUGAUGCUAAAUGUAAUCAUUAUUACAAGUAUAAACAGUGUUUUGAGUGUCAAUUUACAUUAUAGGAAUGUUUCGUUGAAGAUGUAUUAUUACGCCUGUCAUAUAUCCUUCCGCGGCUUUUUGUCUCCUUUCAGACUGUUUUGGUCUUUUCGCUGUUAGCAACGGAGAGAACCCGAGAUAGCUGUAAACCCGAUUUUGAGAUAAUCAGAAAAAUAUUAUUGCGUUAACAUUACAAAUUGACAAGGGGUGCGAAACACACUUUACUUUCCGACGAGUAAUUGGCACUCGCUAUCCUUUUUUAAGGAUUCCGUUUCCCCUUUUAAUAGAGAUUGUACAUAUUGCUAAUUUAGUUAGCCCUUAUUAGAGAGCUAGCUUGUUAGCAUCGUUCUCAAGAAGCCAAGGUAGAUAAGCAGGUUGACAUUAGCUUGCUAGCUAGCUACCAUUAGACUGUUAGCGAGCUGUCACGCAGGUGGACGCUGUCACAUCGCCGCCGAACUGCAGCGUGGAGCUGGUCGUUUUGAACCAUUAGAUAACACUGCAAACGUUGUCGUUUAUGGGAUCACCAUGUCAAUGAAGGCCGGUGGAAAUCGCAAGCCCGGCGGUGGCAGCAUCGGCGGUGCCACCGCUUCUAGUGCCGGAGGAAGCGGCGGGGGCCGACACAAUUUGGGCAGAGGAAGGCACAGUGGCAAAGGACCUUCUGCAGCAGUUGUCUUCAAUGGUGUGUAUGCAAACAUGAGGAUGGUCCACGUGUUGACAUCAGUGGUGGGGACCAAGUGUGAGCUGAAGGUGAAGAACGGAGCCGUUUAUGAAGGAGUGUUUAAGACUUACGGUCCAGAGUGUGACUUGGUGUUGGACGCGGCCCACAGAAAGAGUCCCGAGCCAGCCGGGGGUCCACGGAAGGAAGAUAUUGUGGAAAGCAUUAUAUUCAAGGCCUCCGAUGUGGUGGUGGUGACCUUCAAAGAUGUGGACCCCAAUUUUGCACGGAAAGUCUCAUCAGAUGCAGACAACUUUACAGACGCCGCGGUGAGCGGUCGUGUGAACGGGGAGCACAAGGAGAAAGAUCUGGAACCUUGGGACGGAGGGGAGACACACACCUCCGGCAGUCUGGAGUCACUGGACACGGAUGUAUCCAACGGCUGGGAUCCCAAUGACAUGUUCAAAUACAACGAAGAGAAGUAUGGCGUGCUGUCCACGUACGACAGCAGCCUCUCCACAUACACGGUUCCCCUGGAGCGGGACAACUCGGAGGAGUUCCUGAAGCGGGAGGCGCGCGCGGCCCAGCUGGCGGACGAGAUCGAGGCCAGCUCCACGUACAAGGCCCGCGUGGCGCUGGAGAACGACGAGCGGUCCGAGGAGGACAAGUACACGGCGGUGAUGCGCGGGGAGCGGGAGGCGCACGCGCUCAGCAGAGAGAACAAGUACAUUCCCCCUGGCCAGAGGAACAGAGAGGCUUUGUCUUGGGGCGCGGGGCGUCAGAACUCCCCACGCCUGGUCCAGAGCUCCGCCGGACCCCCGCCGCCUCGCCCGGGAGCCCACGACUACAGCCCCAGCGCUGGGGCGGAUCAGCGUGUGGUCAACGGAGGUCCAUCCCAUUGGCCCUCGCCCUGUCCAUCUCCUUCCUCCCGCCCCCCCUCUCGUUACCAGUCUGGUGCAUCCUCCCUGCCUCCCCGGGCCGCCACGCCCACCAGGCCUCCUUCCAGACCCCCCUCCCGACCUUCCAGACCUUCCUCCCAUUCCUCUUACCCCUCCUAUCCUUCCUCCUCAUCUUCCUCGGCCCAUCAUGGGCUGGCGCCGCCAGGCUCCACUCUGCCCAAACGCAUGUCUUCGGAAGGUCCACCAAGGAUGUCUCCAAAGUCCCAGCGGACUCCCCGCGCCCACAGAGUACCCCCUUGCCGGACCAGUGCAGGAGUGGACUUCAUGUCCCACAAUGCCCCUGGAGAGGUUCCCGUCACCCAGCAGUCUAGGAGUAGCUCCUCUGGCGGAACGUGGUCCUCUGUGGUCAGUGGAGUCCACAGACCUCGCUCCCCCCGUCAGAACAACAUGGGCGGAGCCUCCCCAGGCCCCGCCUCCGUGGCCGCAGCCCAGGCAGGUGCAGCUCCAAUGGAGGCGUCCGCCCCCCCACCGGUGGCGUCCUCUCCUGCCGCUGCCACCCCCACCCCUGGCACGGGGGCCGGUCCCGCUGCAGAAGGGAAAGAGAGCCGGGUCCAGGAGACGAGACAGACGUCGCCCACGGCGAAUAAGGAGAACAUCAAGCCCCUUGACAGCACCCCUAGUAUAACUAGAGCUGUGUGUAAAGGACCACCUUCCAUGGCUCAAGACCACAGAAAACAAAUAGACAAUUUAAAGAAAUUUAGCGUAGACUUUAGGUUGCAGUCCAGCUCUAACGCCGAACCUGCGUUCGACCAGAUGAAACCCGGGGACAAGCCCAAGGACCCCCCCCUAGACAAGGCCUCCGCUCUGGGCCAGGAGGGCGGCGGUGACGAGGGGGCGGCCGCGGGCCCCGGCUCUGCCCAGGGCCCUCCCGCCUCAGCCGGUAAGCCGGGCAGCCCCGCCGUGUCUGCCGCCGCCGCCGCCGCCUCCUCCUCCCCCGCCGGGGCCGACCAGAAGAGGCCAGGGCCGGACGUGACCUCGCAGGGGGUCCAGACCACCUCCCCCUCCACCUUCACCAAGGCCGAGGGCCGGGAGGAGAAGAAGGAGGCGGUGCACGAGCAGGUGAAGAAGUCCACUUUGAACCCCAACGCCCACGAGUUCAAGCCUCGGUUCAACGCCCAGCCCAAGCCCGCCAACACCCCCACGCCCCCACGGCCGCAGGGCCAGCCCAGCCCCUCCAUCGUGGUGCAGCAGCCCCCUGCGGUGUACAGCCAGGUCUGCUUCCCCCAGAUGUACCCGCUCACGCCCGUCAGCCCUGGAGUGCAGAAAAGCAUAAUCUGGAAGUCUCCGGCCAUGUACCACAUCCAGAUGCCCCACAUGGCGGUCAGCCAGUCCAAACCUUACAGACCAGGUAAAGUACCCAACAUGCCCCAGCAGAGGUCAGACCAGCACCACCCUCCCGGCACGCCCAACAUGAUGCACCCGGUCACGGCGGCGGCACCGCCCCUCGUAGCGCAGAACCCCGCCUACUCUGCGCAGUACUUCACCUGCAGCCCGCAGCAGUUUGCCAGCCAGCCCCUGGUGCAGCAGAUGCCCCACUACCAGGCCCAGGCUCAGCAUGUGUUCAACCCGGUGAUGCAGGGCAGCGCCAGGAUGAUGGCUCCGCCCACCCACGGCCAGCCCGGCAUGGUGUCGUCCUCCACCACGCAGUACGCUGAGCAGACACACACCAUGUAUGUGUCGCCAGGGCCCAUGCCCCAGCAGUACCCCCACCCCAAUGCCACCCUCCACCCCCACCCUCAGCACCCUCAGCCCUCGGCCACGCCCACGGGCCAGGGCCCGCAGGGCGGGCAACACGGAGGGCCCCCCAGCCACCAGGCCGCCAGCCCCGUCCAGCACUCGCAGCACCAGCAGGCGGCAGCAGCGGCGGCGGCGGCCCAGGCUCUCCACAUGGCCAACCAGGCCCCCCAGCAGCAGAUGUACUCGCCGCUGGCCCCCAGCAACCCGGCGAUGAACCAGGGCCCUAACCCCCAGUCGCCCCAGGCCACCUUCCCCACCGGCCAGCAGACGUUGUACCUCCACCCUCAGCAGGUGCCGCACGGCUACAACCCCAACCACAUGGCGCACGUCCAACAGGCUCAUAUGCAGUCGGGCAUGGUGCAGUCCCACCACGGCGCGCCCGGCCACCCCCCCAUGAUGCUGAUGGCCACGCAGGGCCCAGGGGGGCCCCAGCCCCAGAUGCCCCAGAACGCCCUGAACCCCAUCCCCGUCUCCUCCACCACGCACUUCUCCUACCUGGCACACCCACAAGUGCAGGCUCAUCACCAGCAGCAGUUGUAGACAGGGGGCGCUGGUGAGCUGAAGGACCCUCGGCCUCGCACUUGUUACCCAGAAGAAG